AUGUAUCACCGUCCGGUCGAUCCAAUUCAGUACCUCCAAGAAUGUCUUGAGAAGAUCAAACGAAAAGACUAUAGGUCCGUUAGAUGGGAUUUAUUUCUCGAUAAAAAGCGCUGUCCUUUACCGCCUCUUGCAAUGAGACGAAAUAGCGAACCCUUUUCACGAUAUCAACCAAUGGUUGACACAGGAUGCUCUCAAUUCAAGAUGCGUCCACAAACCUCUGUCAUAUGUAUCAUCGCUGCACCCGGUAUUGGGGCAAGAGAAUUCUCCGAAAGGAUGCUUAGCCACUAUCCAAGUUUCGUACACAUUAGCACCGGAGAUCUAGCAGUUAACUGUGCUAAAAUUGAAGAAAGGAAGUCUCACAGCCGCUGGAGUUCUGCUCUUCGCUUUAUUAGAUCAGGCGAAUUGGCUCCUGAAGACAUGAUACUCGAACUUCUCAAGUGGAACAUCAAUCAGUAUCCCACCUGUGAGGGUUUUAUUAUUGACGGAUACCCACGGACUUUCAAGCAGUACGAGGACCUCAAGAUUAAUAUCUGUAAGGAUAAUUUAUCUGGCAUUAUCCUCAUUGAUGCUUCCGAGGAAAAAUGUCUACAUCAGCUGCUUAACGCAAAGCAAACUAGCUGUGAACCCGCUAAACCUCUACCAAACGAUGUUAUUCGAAGGAAAAUAUGCACAUUCAAGAAUGUAACACUUCCAGUAUGCAAAGUAAUUGACAACGAAAGUAAAUUACGAGUGGUACGCAUUGCCUUAACUUCUUAUUGUUCUGCUCUUGCCUUAAAUCCAAAAUCUGUUAGUUGGGAGGUUGACGGUGAACAAACGGAUGAGGACAUAGAGCAAGAACUGUUAGCGAUAUUUGAUUUCCUUCUUACUCGACGUGUAACUGCUCCACUGAUAAAGCCGGAAAGGGAACACGCCCCAGAGCCUCAAGUCAGACCGUUUCUACAAAGAAUUGUCGGAUGUCCGGGUAACCCGCCAUCCUUCAAUAUCCCCACUAUUCGUCCAGAAUAUAAGGAUCUUGGACGACAAAGCGGAUUGCCUGUUUGUCCAGUUAUGAUACUCUUGGGUGGUCCGGGUUCGGGUCGAACGAAACAAGCGUUGUCACUAUGUCGAUUGAUAAAGGGCUCGAAGCACUUCAACCUCACUGAUCUUCUGCGCACACGCGUCCUCGAUGCCCUCUCCACUGGCGUUGAAAAAGACUGGGACGUCGUUGCUAAGCGUGUCCACAGCAGUGAACCGCCACUCAGCUACGAUCGUAUGAUUCCUGAGUACUGGGAUAUUCAAACAGAUAUUCUGCGAGAUGAGUUUGUCAAGUUGGCGGAUAACGCUACACUGGUUGUUAUUGAGGGUUACAUGAAUGAUGAGAGCCAAAUUUCAACAUUUAAUAAGACGACCAUGUUGCAAUCUGCUCGGCAGAUCGGAGGGGCCGACAUGGUGGUGUUGUUGGAUUGUGAGGAGGCAACACUGAUUACACGACUAAACAGGCGCUGUACUCGCCUCAAGCGCAUCGAAGACGAGGCACAUAUCGUGCAUCAGCGCGUCAAUUUCUUCAAGCAAGUCUCCCUUCCCGUUGCACGCUACUUCGACGAGAUCGGAAAGCUGGUCAUUGUGAGUCAUGCCUGGACCUUGUUUAAAUUAUUCGAGGAAUUUCGACAGAUUAGAAAAUCAUUGUCUGGUGGGGUUGCAGGAAAUGCAGGCUUCAUAAUUGUCGGAAGCCCCAGGACAGUACUACGAUUCCUUCAAAAAUCCAUGAAGACCAACACGAAUGUACGCGUACUCAUUUUGGAUGGAGACAAGGAGACGGAUAAGCGACUGUGUUCGUCAAAGGAAGAAAUAAAGACGAAUCUUGCUACAGGGACGCACAAGCUUGACUCGGAAGCCAUGGAGAACAGGCUCGCUGAAUAUUACAAAUCUGUGGAGAUGUUACAACACAGUGAUCGGUUGCGAGAAGUUGUAUGUAAGGUUGGUCAAGUCUUUUUGACGUAG